AGAGAUAUUUCCCUCCACCCAAACCCCACUCUCGUUGUUUAAGAAUGCGUUCCCUGUCUGUAAUCUGCCUCACUGCUCUUGCUGCAGCAGCCUCCGUGUUUGCCCAGGAUGCCAUGCCUCUGGAUCCUCCACUGGAUCCUCUACUCAAGGAAAGGUCUUCCAGCGCAUUAUGCAAAUCUGGUUGGAGAACACUGAUUACGAAACUGCUUCUACUUUGCCUGACUACCAGGCUCUUGCUACCCAGGGUAUCCUUCUUAACAACACUUACGCCAUCACUCACCCCUCUGAGCCCAACUAUGUUGCUGCCACUGGUGGUAGCAACUUCGGUAUCGACAAUGAUGACUUCUACAAUAUUCCUGCCAAUGUUUCCACCAUCUUCGACCUUUUGGAAAACAAGGGCUUGCAAUGGAAAGCUUAUCAGGAAGAUCUGCCUUCAGUUGGCUACACUGGUUUCAAGGCUCACAACGGUUCUUAUGUCCGUAAGCACAACCCUGCCAUUAUCUACGACUCUAUCGGUCUUAACGCCACCCGUGCUGCCAACGUUGUCCCUGCUACUCAACUCGCUAUUGACAUUGCCGCUGGUACUGUUCCUCAAUGGAAUUUCUACACUCCCAACAUGACCAACGAUGCCCACGAUACCACCGCUGAGUUUGCUGGAAAGUGGCUCACUAACUUCUUCAACACCACCUUGAGCAACAAGACUUUCGUUGAUGAAACCUUGAUUCUUAUCACUUUCGACGAAAACGAUACCUACCCCAAGGCUAACCGUGUCUGGACUCUCCUCAUGGGUGCUAUCCCUGCUGCUUCCAAGAACACCACCGAUGGUACUUUCUAUACCCACUACUCUUCUCUCUCCACUGUUGAGCAGAACUGGGACCUCGGCAACCUCGGACGUGGUGAUGCUAACAAGACCCUUGCCAACGUUUACUCUUUCGUUGCUUCUCAAAUCGGAUACACUAACGUUGCCAUUGCUAACGGCUCCUCCGUUUCUUACUUCAACGAGACCAUCCCUGGUCUCAUGACUAACCAGUCUUACAAUGAAACCCACCCCUCUGCCUCUGCCUCUGGAUCCGCCUCUGCCUCUGCCACUGGCUCUACCUCCGGUGCCAGCGGUUUCACCACUAGCGCUGUCGUUGUCACUGUUGCCAGCGCUGUCGUUGCCGCUUUGAUGCUUUAAGUUGACCUUGUAGCAUCAUGCCAUUCUAAUCAAGUUAGUAAUGACGUUCUCCUCAAUAUCAAACUCUAAUUAAAACUACUGUUCU